AUGGCUGCUCCGUUCGCUCGGCUGGCGGGCAAUGCCCCCAAAAAGCUUUGCCUACGGCCCUCCGGCAUUGCUCGAAGCACCCUUGCUCCCAGAUCACGGUCGAUAGCGACGUCAGUGCCUCGCCGGGCAGCAGAGCCUACCAGCUACCAGGCCACGCGAUUGAUCCCUACCGACCCGAGUUUUGCACACUUCGCUAACAAGGACUCUGAAGUCCCUGAGAUCCCCUCUGGACUGGAGUCCGAGGCUGAAGGGGUUGGCCGCAAAAUUCGCCAUUACACUGUCAACUUUGGGCCUCAGCAUCCUGCUGCUCACGGUGUGCUUCGAUUAAUUUUGGAAAUCAACGGCGAGGAAAUUGUCCGCGCCGACCCGCACGUUGGAUUGCUUCACCGUGGCACCGAGAAGUUGAUUGAAUACAAGUCAUAUAUGCAGGCAUUGCCUUACUUCGACCGUCUCGAUUAUGUUUCGAUGAUGACAAACGAGCAAUGUUUCUCGCUGGCUGUCGAGAAAUUGCUGAACGUCGAGAUUCCAGACCGUGCCAAAUACAUCCGAACAUUGUUCGGAGAAAUCACGCGAAUUUUGAACCACCUCAUGUCUGUCCUUUCACACGCCAUGGAUGUUGGUGCUUUGACGCCAUUCUUGUGGGGGUUUGAAGAGCGUGAGAAGCUUAUGGAAUUUUACGAGCGUGUAUCUGGUGCUCGUCUUCACGCGGCCUAUGUCCGCCCCGGCGGCGUCUCCCAGGACCUUCCCCUUGGCCUCCUCGAUGAUAUCUACCAGUGGGCAACUCAGUUCGGUGACCGCAUCGACGAAACCGAGGAGCUGCUUACCGACAACCGUAUCUGGAAGGCCAGAACUCAGGGAGUUGGUGUCGUUAGCGCUGCGGACGCCCUGAACAUGAGCUUCACUGGUGUCAUGCUCCGUGGAUCCGGUGUUCCAUGGGAUAUUCGCAAGUCCCAGCCUUACGAUGCUUACGACAAGGUCGAAUUUGAUGUACCCGUUGGUGUGAACGGUGACUGCUACGAUCGUUACCUCUGCCGUAUGGAGGAGUUCCGCCAGUCUCUCCGCAUCAUCCACCAGUGCUUGAACCAGAUGCCCGCCGGCCCCGUUCGUGUUGAGGAUUACAAGAUCAGCCCUCCUCCCCGUGCUGCUAUGAAGGAGAACAUGGAGGCUCUCAUCCACCACUUCCUCCUCUUCACUAAGGGUUACGCCGUCCCCCCUGGUGAGACCUACUCUGCCAUCGAGGCACCUAAGGGUGAGAUGGCCGUGUUCUUGGUCAGUGAUGGUAGUGAGCGACCCUACCGCUGCAAGAUUCGCGCUCCCGGUUUCGCCCACCUGGGUGGUUUCGACCAGGUCUCUCGCGGCCAUCUUCUUGCCGACGCUGUCGCUAUUAUUGGUACCAUGGAUCUCGUGUUCGGUGAAGUUGACCGGUAA